AUGUCCACUGCUGUGACUUUUUUUGGCCAGCAUGUCUUGAACAGAGUUUCGUUCUUAAGAUGUUCGAAAGAGUUCAUCAAAAAAUCAUUGAACCAUGACUCUACCGUUUUUAUCCCAUUUAUCGAAGGGGAAGCCCUCAUUUCGCCCGAAAAUGGUGACCUAGUUCAGCUUUCUAAUUCUGUAAAGUCUUACAAGAAUAUUUUGUCAGCAAUAGUUCCUUUAUACACUACUUUAUUGAACACAACUCGCUCAAGAAGCGAUGAAUCAGGCAUCAAUGUAACAUUUUUAGGUCUCCUGGAAGGCACAGAUUCUGCAUUUAAUUUUGAAUGGUCUAAUAUUUCUUACAAAGGAACACCAUAUUUUGGAUUAGAUAUCCGUGUUACUGAGAGCACACUCUUCAAGAAAGUCGACUUUGAGCCUAUUUUUUCCUAUCCGAAGGUGACCAGAGAUCACAUUUUCAAACAAACAAAUGAGGAUGCUUCACUUUAUUCACAAGGUAAGAUGUAUCUGGAUUGGCUAGCAAAGUACAAAUUCUGUCCCGGUUGUGGGUCUCCGUUAUUCCCAGUAGAGGCAGGAACUAAGCUUCAGUGUUCUAAUGAAAAUCGGAAUGUAUACUGUAAUGUGAGAGAUGCAAGAAUUAAUAACGUUUGCUUCCCAAGAACUGAUCCAACGGUCAUUAUAGCCUUGACCAAUUCGGAUUACUCUAAGUGUUGUCUGGCAAGAUCAAAAAAAAGGUACGGUGAUUUUGUAUUGUAUUCAACAAUAGCAGGUUUUAUGGAGCCAUCAGAAACCAUAGAGGAGGCUUGUAUCAGAGAAAUAUGGGAGGAAACAGGCAUUUCAUGCAAAAAUAUUGAUAUAGUCCGGUCACAGCCCUGGCCUUACCCUUGCAGUUUGAUGAUUGGCUGUUUAGGCAUAGUUCAAUUCAAUUCCAAAAAUGAGGUUAUCAACCUGAAUCAUGACGACGAAUUAUUGGAUGCUCAAUGGUUUGAUACAACUGAAAUCAUUCAAGCUUUGGAUAAGUACGCCGGCGGGUAUCGUGUUCCAUUCAAAAAUGAUAUCAAUUUACCUGGAAGUACUACCAUUGCCUUCCAAUUAAUCAAUCAUGUUUGCGAGAACUAUAAAAACUUACGUAAGACCUCAUCGAGCCAUCUAUAG